CGACGGGGCGGCGUGCGCCGGCGUGACGCGGCUACGCGGGAUGGGCCGGGCCAGGGCCAAGGCCGAGGCGGCAGCGGCUGCGAGAGGCGGCGGCACGACAACGGUCCUUCAGCCCUGCCACCAUGAGCACCAAGCAGGUCACUUGCAGGUAUUUUAUGCAUGGUGUGUGUCGGGAAGGAAGUCAGUGCCUGUUCUCACAUGACUUGGCAAACAGCAAGCCGUCCACCAUCUGCAAGUACUACCAGAAGGGCUACUGUGCCUAUGGAACUCGGUGCAGAUAUGACCACACGAGGCCCUCUGCUGCAGCUGGAGGUGCUGUCGGCACCAUGGCCCACAGUGUGCCCUCCCCAGCUUUCCACAGUCCUCACCCUCCUUCUGAGGUCACUGCGUCCAUUGUGAAAACUAACUCACAUGAACCCGGGAAGCGUGAAAAGAGAACGUUGGUUCUUAGAGACCGAAAUCUCUCUGGCAUGGCUGAAGGAAAGACUCAGCCGAGCAUGGUGAGUAAUCCAGGCAGCUGCAGCGACCCCCAACCCAGCCCCGAGAUGAAGCCGCAUUCCUACCUGGAGGCCAUCAGGAGUGGCCUUGAUGACGUGGAGGCCAGCAGCUCCUACAGCAACGAGCAGCAGCUGUGCCCCUACGCAGCUGCUGGGGAGUGCCGGUUUGGGGAUGCCUGUGUCUACCUGCAUGGGGAGGUGUGUGAAAUCUGUAGGCUGCGAGUCUUGCACCCCUUCGACCCAGAGCAGAGGAAGGCUCACGAAAAGAUCUGCAUGUUGACAUUCGAACACGAGAUGGAAAAGGCCUUUGCCUUCCAGGCAAGCCAGGACAAAGUGUGCAGUAUCUGCAUGGAAGUGAUCCUGGAGAAGGCCUCUGCUUCCGAGAGGAGAUUUGGGAUUCUCUCCAACUGCAAUCACACGUACUGCUUGUCCUGCAUCCGGCAGUGGCGGUGUGCCAAACAGUUUGAAAACCCAAUCAUUAAGUCUUGUCCAGAAUGCCGUGUGAUAUCAGAGUUUGUAAUUCCAAGUGUGUAUUGGGUGGAAGAUCAGAAUAAAAAGAACGAGUUGAUUGAAGCUUUCAAACAGGGGAUGGGGAAAAAAGCCUGUAAAUACUUUGAGCAAGGCAAGGGGACCUGCCCAUUUGGAAGCAAAUGUCUUUAUCGCCAUGCUUACCCUGAUGGGCGGCUAGCAGAGCCUGAAAAACCUCGGAAACAGCUCAGUUCUCAAGGCACUGUGAGGUUCUUUAAUUCAGUGCGGCUCUGGGAUUUCAUCGAGAACCGAGAAAGCCGGCAUGUCCCCAACAAUGAAGAUGUCGACAUGACAGAGCUCGGGGACCUCUUCAUGCACCUUUCUGGAGUGGAGUCAUCAGAACCCUAAAGAGUAGAUGGUUGCCCUGCAUCUUGGGCUCCAUCGGCCAAAACUUUCCCAAGCCAGGGUGUGCAGAGCUUCCCUGUACUGUAGCCAAGGUGGUAUGUGGCUUGGAUUUGAGUGGAGUUGGGCUUAGCCUUAGUCUCAUUCACUCUCCAUUAUUACAGCCAUGGGGAAGAGUGAAGGAUAUAAAGUAACCUAAUAAGUGUAUGGAAUUACUAUUUUUAUAGCUGAUAUAGUUACACCUCAAGCCCCUCAGGGGUAACAACUAACCACCCAGACUGUUUGGAUUGACUGCUUUAAAAAACAAACUUGGCUCUUAUCUUUGAUCUUUUCUUCCCCAGAAAUAGUAAACUUGCAGCUGUCCCUAAUGCAGCAUAUUUUUCUUACCAAAGGAUUCUUCAACCCUAUAAAAGGACUCCUCUAUAGUGUAUUUCUCUAGUGUAUUUAGUGUGUGGUCAAAAUUUUGAUUUAUACAGAGCUUUCAAGAAUACACAAUGCAAAGUGAGUGCAUCUUAGCUGUUAACAUACAACUUUUUUCUAGGGCUUUAAGGGUGGUCAUUUUUUUCGAGUUCUCGCAAGUAUCCCAAAUCAGGGUAGCAAUCUUGUUGCCACAUGUGCAGCAAACAAAGUGGAAGUAUAAAUCUUUUUCUCUCUUAGGGAGGCUCUUGAAGGACAGGAGGUACAGUACUGGGUAGCAGUCUGGCCCUCCUGUCUGGUUGGUGCUGGGGCCUCCAGCCAGGGCCCUCCAGGGGAACCAAACCUCUGCUCUUACCUGUGGGUUCAUGCCCAUCAGGGUAAUUGUAUUGAGAACUCAAAAUAUACGUGCACUUACAUAAUGUGUGGUUCAUACUCAAGCGAUCUAUUAUCUGCAAAGCCUGGCUUUGAUUUGAAAUUUUGUAAAAAUGUCAUGGCACCCAAGGUUUCUGAUUCUGACACAGCAGUGGUCCUGAAGAGAGCUGAUGGCAAGUCUUGUAGUCAUUUUAAUUGAAGGGUGAGCACAACCUUGUGAACUAGCACUGGCUUGUUCCAAGCUGGAAUUUAUCUAUUUUUUUUUUUUUUAAAGCUGUAGCUACCACAAUAUUUUAUAGAACGCAUUACUUAACCUAUUAGCUGAGUUUAGAAUACUUUCUGCUUAAUUUUUAUACUUGACUCUUCUUCAGUAGAGGGUUACAAAGAGUACAAAGGUUAAAUUAAAAUUUCAUUCCCAGCCUAGGCUCUGGGCACAUUUCCUGUUCUUCAAUUUGCUCCUGAAGAGGGUGAACAAAUGGGGCGCUCAAAUUGUGAGCUCAGAAUUACUUUAAAAGGAGGUAACAGCCAUUACACCUAAAUUUAAUUUAUUUUAUUAAAAUAACAUAAAAUUGAGGGACCAUCAGAUAACUGUAUUUUGUCAGGUGCAAUAAAAACAAAAUUAAAACCCAAUCAUCAAGAAAACCUGUAUUCCUGGCUUCCUUGUAUACACAUGAUGUGACUAGAGAAACAAGGCUGUUAGAGAAACAAGGCUGGCCCUGCGGCCCCGCCCCAUAGGGGCAGCUCCUGGAAGACAAAAUUCAGCAUGAUGGAAGACUGCUCCCUGAGAGGGCCGAGAUGGGGACUGGCUGAGUGCCUUGCCUGGAAAACCAUCCCAAUGCACUGGACACCUUAGAAGCUGUGAAAGGAGGAUGUGUCCCCUAAGAAAAGUUCCAUAGUACCAAAGCAGGCUCCUUCGGGCAGCCAGAGUCUCGGCAGUCCUGGGCUGUUUGGUGCCUUAUGUGCAAAACGUCUGGUGCUGCACCACUCUCUGAAGAAAGUCUCGCCUGUGACAUGCAUUCCUCCAGAAGCCGAUUUCCAAAAUCCCAUGUGUCUACACAUCAGGGCUGGACUGCCUGCUACCUUACUUCCUCAAAAUACUCAUGUAGCCAACAGCUGGGCUGGGCCCCUGCUUUUUGUACUACCAUCAACAUCCACUUGCGCAUCUAGAGAAGGCUGGGCCUUGAGCAUGGGGGAUGCGGGGAGGGAGCAGGACGCACCAGCACUGCAAAUGGCUUCCUUCUCCCAGGGCCCAAAGGAAUAGAAAAGAAGGCAACAUGAAGUUAAGGCCCUGUGAGCAGUCUAGAAGGUCCUUAGCAGCAGCUUCUCUGAAAACAUGUGUUCUGCCUCUGGAGAAAGGGAGCAGAAAAGUGGUGCCUGCUGGCUUCUCUUCCUCCCCUGGCAGCCUGAGGGCAGGUGCAAAGUCAACUAGAAGACAGGCAGCCUCGGGGACGUGGUCAGCGUGCAAGCAUUGAUAUCCUCAGUGUGGGCUGCCCGAUGCAAGGAUGGCUCGGAAGCGCUCCGGUUGAUCUUCGGUAGAGAGUGUUGGAGCAGCUCAAUGGAAGACAGGA